UCAACUUUAGCUGGAUAAUAACACUCAGCUAAAUAGUAAUUUAGUAAAUACUUGGAGAGUGAUGAAAAUUAAUGAUAACAUAUCACGCAAUGCAACACCAAAGACGCUUGUCAAUCGUCAUUGAAAUUUCUAACCAACGACUGUCGUCCAAAAAUGACAGACAAAUAUUCCAAACGGAUGACUUUCUUGGGGCAAUUUGUAUUAAUUAAUAACCAAUUAGUAAUAUCCAGAACUGAUGUCCAGAUUUAUUCGCUAUUUCCUGACGUUGCUAUGAGAACAUAUUGUGUUUUAAUAUGAACGCAUCAACGUUGUGUUAGUACUAUUUUCUCUUUCAUCACCGAAGUGUUUGUUGCCAAAGUCUUGGCGCGAGUAUAUAUUUUUAAGACGCGUUAAACAUGUCCAUGGUAUGUAAAAUGUUGGUGCUUAUUAUUGAGAAAACUGGAACAUCAGUUUCAUAAUUGCAACAUGAACGACGACUUUGACGCUCAUGGUUGGUCGCACAUUCACCAUGCCGCUUUCAAUGGAUAUGUGAAAAGUAUUUCCCGUUUUGUGCGCUCAAAUAAAGAACAGCUGGAACUAUUAACCAGAGAUGGUAAAAAAAAUUCGCCGCUUCUAGCUUGUAGUAAUGGUCAAUUGGAAACGGUUUGUUUACUUAUUGAACUAGGUGCAAAUAUGGUUAGCGUCAAUGCUGAUGGUUUAGGAUUAGUAGAACUUUGUGCAAUUGGUGGACAUUUGCAUGUAAUGGAAUACUUCUUGCAACUCAAUUCACCUAAGGUCAAAGUGUUUCAUUCUUUAAUUCGUGCACUUGAGAAUUCCAAAAAAAUACAAUUACAAUUAGUCGCCUUGAAGUCCUUGUGCAGUCUCAUAACUCCAGAGCGUUUGAACAUAGCCUUAAAUGUUGAAGUUUUAGAUGGCGUACUUAAAGUACUUGGCUCAGUCUCAUGUAAUGAAGAUGUCCUCUUGAAUUGUUUGAUAUUUCUUGAAAAUUUUAUAACUGCCAACAAUCAUGUGGCUCCCCAGGGCAUGCGAUCUGAUGCUUUCCUCAACAUAUUGAUCAAACACCUUCGAUCUGAAAGUAGAGAUGUUUAUUCAAAAGUAGUGAGACUUCUUUUUCAAUUAGCAACAAAUGAUGCAAAGUCUGCGGCAUAUAUUUCAGAAAAGGGCAUGGCUGCAUUGAUAAAUAUUCUGGACAAGAAAGCAACAGAUAAUUCUGUUAUACUUGAUGUUUUCAAGGCAUUGUGUUUAUUUUGCCAAUUAUGGCCAAAGACACAAGACCAGUUUGCAAUAUUUGCUGGGUUUUCGAUACUGGUAAGGUUGAUGAGAGAAAAUAAGAAAAGAAAGGUUCUUACAUCGAUUGCAAGAUUAGUGGCAUUAUUGGUAGAACAAAAUGAACACAACCAGAACUUGUUUAUCAAUGAAGAUGGUAUUCCCACACUGCUUCAAGUGCUUGAAGUUUCGUCUCUUGAACUUCAAAUGGCCAUAGUUUCUGCAAUCAAAUCUUUGGCAAACAAUGCUAGCAUCCUUACUCGGGAGUUGUUGCAAAACAAAGGUUGCACCAAAGUGUUAAUUAAGAUAUUGAGAGAGGGUCCACGCCAAGAUGAUGUGCGUCGUCUUGUUGCUGAAGCCUUAUGGGAUAUUGCAGGAUCUGAAUCAGCUCGUCGGUACACUAUAGCCAAACAAAUAGGCUUAAAUAUCUUAAUAGAAUUUCUAAAAACAACAAAUGCAUCAUUGAAUCUUAUUGCUUCAGAGGCGUUAGUUGUGUUGGCAGAAGAUAUCAACAGUAAACAGGAUGAAAUAGUUUCUUCAUCUGCUGCCCAAUUUGCAGUUCGUCUUCUGUGCAAGGAUUCAACUCCUGAGACAACAGUCUUGUGUAUUUUCCGAGCAAUACGUGCACUUUGCAUAAAGAAAGGAUUUAGACCUCACACAAGUGGCCAAACAUCAAUAGCCUCAGAUGGUAGCAUCAAAUUUCUUGUGAGGUUCCUCAUUGACUCAAGUAGAGCAGUUAUGCAAGCAGAAGCUGCAUAUACAUUAGCAUGUGUUGCACUUGGUAACCAUGAAAUAAAUGCGAUGAUUGUCCAUAUGUUUGAAUUCUCAAGAUUGAUAUCUUUAAUGUUGUAUAAAGAUAUGAAUGUAAGGUUGACGACUGCCUAUGCUUUGGCCUUGUUUGUUAACAACACUCAUAACCAGAAACGCAUCAUAUCGUCGGGCAAUCUUUGCUUUGCCAUGUUUAAACCAUUUUUACACUCACACGACAAGAAAAUUCAGGCUAAAACAGCUUUUCAAGUUGUGGUUCUCCGGAUUUUUCCUGAUGAAGACCAAGCAAACACUUCUGCAACUGGCAUCGAUAUGUUGGUCAGGCUUCUUCAGCAAGAUGAUGAAUCACUUCAAGCAUCCUGUUGCAAUUUCAUUGCUGGUUUAUCACACACAAGACCAGGCAUCCCUGCAGCAUUUGUUUCCAUUGGUGCUGUGCAAAUAUUAUCUAAACUGCUAACCUCAAUAUCAGAGAUGGUAAGAUGCUAUUCAGCCAUUGCUUUGGGAUAUUUGAGCAUGGACAAAGACGGACAAACACAGCUGUUAAAUAUCUGUCGAAACAACCCAUUGCUUUACAACAUUUUGUGCUCUUAUGCAAAGAAGAUUAAGCUGUCCCAGCAGUUCAUGGAAAGAUGGAAACAUUACCAAAGAUUGUCUUCUCUCCCAGCAAUUAAGCCGUCAGCAUUUCUUGUGAAUCAGGACAUGGAUGAAACUUUCACCAUCGAGAGUUAUGUUAAUGAGGCUCUUUAUGAAGAAAGUGAGGAGAGCAUGUCAAAUGUAUCAGUAAAACUAUCAUUCCCAAUAUAAUUAUAAAAGAAAUUUCAGCAUUUCACAUAAUUACAUAGUAGCAACUA